GGAAACCUUCCUAAGUGGGGAUAGACGGCAACUGACUGCUGAGGUUCCCUCCUCCUGGUUUUCACUUCAUGUUUUGGAUGCCACGGGCCGGGUGAGCAGAGAUCCCAGGCUUUGGCCCAGGCAGCUGGCCUGCCUCCGAGCACUGCCAUGAACCACUUCCAGACCAUCCUGCCUCGGGUCCGGAUGCUGCUGGCCGGCCAUCUGCCGAGCCAGGCCCGGGCCCUCCUGGACAGCAUGUUGGAGAGGGAGCUCCUCUCCAGGGAGUACCACUGCGCUCUGCUCCGCGAGUCUGAUGGCGAGGCCCUGGCCAGGAAGAUCUCCUUGACCCUGCUGGAGAAAGGAGACCCAGGCUUGGCCCUCUUGAGGUGGGCAUGGGGUACGUGGCAGGCCCCGCUGGCCGAGAGGGACCCCGACGACAAGGACCGUGCCGGCAGUGGGCAGUGUGCCGCCAUGGAGUUGGGGCCUCUAGAAGGCGGCUACCUGGAGCUUCUCAACAGCAAUGCUGACCCCCUGCAGCUCUACCACCUCUAUGACCAGAUGGACCCGGCUAGAGAAGAGAUUGAGCUCUGCUCAGAACCCGACAUGGACACCAUCAACUGCGAGCAGUUCAGCAGACUGUUGUGUGACAUGGAAGGUGAUGAAGAGACCAGGGAGGCUUAUGCCAAUAUCGCGGAACUGGACCAGUACGUGUUCCAGGACUCACAACUGGAGGGUCUGAGCAAAGGCAUUUUCAUCGAGCAUAUAGGAUUGGAAGAAAUGAUCGGCGAGACUGUGGAGACGCUGGAGGAAAAGAAAAGUCAGAAAAGAUCCUUCCCAGAGGAGCUGCCCAUGGACUCGAAGCACAGGAAGCUGGCUGAGCCCCUCGCUGUGCCCAUGGUGACUGGCACUUUCCUGGUGGGGUCCGUGAGUGGCUCCUCAGCUCUGCCCUGCCUGUCACCCCCUGCUGUGUUCAACAAGGAGCCAGCAUCCAGCCAGAGGUGGCUGCAGGAGACCAUCCUGAUGCCUGUGCCCCCUUCCAGUUCCUUGCUGAGCUGCCUGAGCCUUUCUGCUGGACACGUCCAGAUCGUCCCCACUCUGCCCCAGGGGCUCUGGCAAAUCUCAGGGGCUGGGACAGGGGUAUCUGGUAUGGUCAUCUAUCAAGGUGAGGUGCCCCAGGCCAGCCAGGUGCUUCCUUCCAGCAGCCCCGCCAUACACAGCCUCCCCAAAUCCCCAGAACGGCCCGGCUCCACCAGCCCCUUUGCCCCGUCUGCCGCUGACCUCCCCGGAAUGCCGGAACCAGCUCUGACCUCCCGUGCAGAUGUGACAGAGGAGCAGAUGUCCCCUACCCGAUCCCCGGCAGCUCACGAGGUCUCCGGCCAGCUCCCCAAAUGGCCUGAGCGGGUGGAGAAGUUCUGCAGUGCCCUUCGGGACAUGUACCAGGCUGAGCCUGCAGGCCCGGAAGGCAUCCUGGUGGAGGUGGAACUGGUGAGGGCGCGGCUGGAAAGGAGCAGCAGCAAAAGCCAGGAGAGGGAGCUGGCCACCCCGGACUGGGCAGAGCGGCAGCCGGCCCGCGGGGGCCUGGCCGAGGUGCUGCUGGCGGGGGGUGACCACCGGCGGCCGCGGGAGACGCAGGUGAUCGCUGUGCUGGGAAAAGCGGGGCAGGGGAAGAGUCGCUGGGCCCGGGAAGCGAGCCGGGCCUGGGCCCGCGGCCAGCUGCCCCAGUACGACUUCGUCUUCUACCUCCCCUGCCACUGUUUGGACCGUGGGGGGGACACCUACCGCCUGCAGGAUCUGCUGUCCUCCCUGGGCCCCCGGCCGCUGCCGGUGGACGAUGAGGUCUUCAGCUACGUCUGGAGGAGGCCCGACCGGGUUCUGCUCAUCCUGGAUGCCUCCGAGGGCCUCGAAGGCCAAGACGGCCUCCUGCACAGCGCAUGUGGACCCGUGUGCACAGAGCCCCACUCCGUCCGGGGACUGCUGGCGGGCCUCUUCCAGCGUAAGCUGCUGCGGGGCUGCACCCUGCUGCUCACGGCCCGGCCCCGGGGCCGCCUGGCCCAGAGCCUGAGCAAGGCCGACGCUCUGUUCGAGGUGGCCGGCUUCUCAGCCGAGCAGGCCAAGACCUACCUGACGCGCUACUUGGAGCGUGCAGGGGCGACCGAGCGCCAAGAGAGAGCCCUGGAACUCCUCCAGGGUCAGCCUUUCCUCCUCAGCCACUGCCACAGCCCCACUUUGUGCCGGGCCGUGGGCCAGCUGUCCGAGGCCCUCCUGGAGCUGGGGGGCGAGACGGAGCUGCCCUCCACGCUCACGGGACUCUACGUGGGCCUGCUCGGCCCUGCCACCCGCGACAGCCCCCCGGGGGCCCUGGCGGCACUGGCCAGGCUGGCCUGGGAGCUGGGCCGCAGACGCCGGGGCACCUUGCUGGAGAGCCAGCUCCCGUCGGCGGAGGCGAGGGCCUGGGCCGUGGCCAAGGGCUUGGUGCAGCCCGCCCCAGGGGCCGCGGCGGUGGGGCUGGCCUUCUCCAGCUUCCUUCUGCAGUGCUUCCUGGGGGCCGUGUGGCUGGCCCUGAGCAGCGACAUCAAGGACAAGGAGCUGCCGCAGUACUUGGCGUUGACCCCGAGGAAGAAGAGGCCCUACGACAACUGGCUGGAGGGCGCGCCGCGGUUCCUGGCGGGGCUGGUUUUCCAGCCGCACGCCGACUGCCUCGGGGCCCUGGCGGGACCUGCUGCGGCCACCCUGAAGGACAGGAAGCAGAAAGUGCUCACCAGGUACCUGAAGCGGCUGCAGCCGGGGACGCUGCGGGCCGGACAGCUGCUGGAGCUGCUGCACUGCACCCGUGAGACUUUGGACGCUGGGCUCUGGCAGCACGUGGUGCAGGGGCUCCCCGCCCGCCUCUCCUUCGUGGGCACCCGGCUCACGCCCCCCCACACCUAUGUCCUGGGCAGCGCCUUGGAGGCGGCGGGCCGAGACUUCUCCCUGGACCUCUGCAGCACUGGCAUUGACCCCCCUGGACUGGGGAGCCUCGUGGGACUCAGCUGCGUCACCCAUUUCAGGGCUGCGCUGAGUGACAUGGUGGGGCUGUGGGAGUCUCUACAGCAGCGUGGGGAGGCCAAGCUGCUCCGCGCGGUGGAGGAGAAGUUCACCAUCGAGCCUUUCAAGGCCAAGUCUGUGAAGGAUGUGGAAGAUCUGGGCAACCUCGUGCAGAUCCAGAGGACAAGAAGUUCUUCAGAAGAUACAGCUGGAGAACUCCCUGCGGUCCGGGAUCUAAAGAAGCUCGAGUUCGCGCUGGGCCCCGUCUCAGGCCCCCAGGCUUUUCCCAAGCUGGUGAGGAUCCUCGAGGCCUUUUCCUCCCUUCAGCAUCUGGACCUGGACUCUCUGAGCGAGAACAAGAUUGGCGACGAGGGUGUCGAGCAGCUGUCGGCCACCUUCCCGCGGCUCAAAGCCUUGGAGACCCUCAACUUGUCCCAGAACAACAUCACCGACGUGGGCGCCUGCAAGCUCGCCGAGGCCCUGCCCUCGCUGGCUGCGUCCCUCCUCAGGCUCAGCCUAUACAACAACUGCAUCUGUGACAUGGGAGCCGAGAGCCUGGCGCACGUGCUUCCAGACAUGGGGUCCCUCCGGGUGCUGGAUGUCCAGUAUAACAAGUUCACAGCCGCCGGGGCCCAGCAGCUGGCCGCCAGCCUGAGAAAGUGCCCUCACGUGGAGACGCUGGCGAUGUGGACGCCCACCAUCCCGUUUGGCGUCCACGAACACCUACAGCAGCUGGAUUCGCGGAUCAGCCUGAAGUGAUCUCCGCGAUGCCCGGGACAAGGUGACUGAGCAUGUUCUCUGAGGACGCCGACCACGCUGGACCUUGAACUGGUUGUUUGUGGACACGGUGCUUCUUGGGCCAUCGCCCGUGAGCCUCAGCAUCCUGGCUCCCGGCCCUACCGGCUCAGGGCCGGCCCCCACCCAGCUCUGGGAAGGCCUUUGGCCUGCUCUGCAGACGGACCCAGGCCCGGCUCCAGGCUCCUGCGGGGCCCAGGUCGAUGCCGGCCCCGAUGGACGGGUGCACGACCGGUGGUGACGCAGGCCACCCAGGGGCCCUGAGGCAUCCCACAGGUCGCUCCUGGCAGCCGUGGCCGAGCCGGAGUGAGGGAUUGAGGCGGCCACAUCUCUGCCUCCCCAGGUCCCUGUCCGCCUGGGGAGAAGUCACUUCUCUGCACUGCUCUCCUAACAAGGAUGCCAGGUGCUCUCAGGACACGGGCGGCUGGCCCCACCUGCCGAUUUCCCUGUGGCAGGCGGGGAGUCUGUGGCAGCUGCUGUCCGUCUCCAGGACUCACUGUUUUGCACUAACUUUGUCGAAGUCGAAGCUCCGCCCGGCCAGACACACUGGACUUGAGCCGGAAAGAGCUGACCGUGCCCUAACGGUGGGGGGAGGGGAGUGGGCCGGAACCACACCUGCCUCUCGGCCUUCACUUCUUGGGUCAUUUUUUCACUACAGUAUAAAGGGCCCGUUGCAUCUCACAGGCAUGUCCACGGCUGGAGUUUCUACCACGAUCGCCGUUGUGGGGGGUGCCCGCUGUUCAGUUAUCUAAAUGCAUCACAAACUACCCCAAAAUGCAGUGGGUUAAAACAACACACACGUUUACUCUGCUCACACGCCUGUUAUGUGCACUGUGCUG